AUGCCCGCGUCUCGUGCAACGCUCAAACGAUGCAUGUGUGAGGAGUGCAUUGGUAGCGGUGGAUAUGACGAGAAAGGCGCACCAAAAGGAGUGCUUAUGGCAGAACGUUCAAUCGCGUCUCAUGUCUGGCGUGUAAAAACGGAACGUGCCGAGCAGGCUGCAGGCAACACUGGGGCCAGGAAUGUUGACCUGCAUUCUGUCAUCUCCGAUCCUUCCGCGUGCGCCAUCACUGGGGUUGCCACUCCUGUUUCUGCUAUUACCAGCUACCUUAGUCGGUUGACCCUUUCUACGGGCACUCCACAGUCAUCAUCAUUCACUUCUUCUAUGGCCGAUGGUCUCUAUCGUCCAGUACCGUGCAACACUCAUGCAGUACCUGCCUCUGACCAUGACGUCAACCACUUGACAUUGUCGGAUUCCCUGCCACCUCCUUUGACAAUUCACAGAGCUGCUGGUGAUAAAUCAACCAAAAAGCACAACCAGCGCACCGUGAAGGCAUUAGAAAUUUUUGACAACAUCGAAUCCCGGAUUCAGCGGUGCUUUCGCUUGUUGCUGCAUCCUGGUAGCAUCAAUGACAUUGGUCAUGAGCUACUUCUACUUUGCAAAGCUCUGGAGACCGUCAGUAAACAGGCAGAUGUCGUGGUCGCACAAAAGAAGGCCAUCGUAUUAUGCAUGGAUGAACUGUCGACCCAAUUCAAGAGCCGCAAGCCGUCCGAUGACUCGCUGAAAGUAGCUGUCGAGAUCAAUACCGACACCUCUCAGCAAGCUUCAGUAAAUCAGUCAGACGAAAUUACCCAAGUCGUCCUAUUCUUUUGUGUCACAUGUAGAGUUGUCAUGGGGGUCAGCAGGAGUAGCUGCGAUUUAAUCAUGAAGAUAAUUUCCAUCAUACUGUUUCUCGCAUUCCGGAGGUCGGACAGCAGUCUCAGCUCCUCCCACGAAAAUAUUCUCAAGCAGAUUCCCAUGACCUCGGGAAGUGCAGAAGCAAAAUUUCAUCUCACAGGCAAAAUCGUCCCGUAUGCUGUCUGCAGUUGUCAUUGCACCUACGCCCCAAUCUAUGCACCAGGCUCGAUGACUGCAAUAUAUCCUGAACGGUGCACGCACUGUCCUACGCCUGGGACCGAAUGUGGCGAGACUUUGCUUAUUGUUGGCGCUGAUGGAGAACCCCGUCCAAGAAGGACUUUCAUGUACCAUGAUUUCAAAGAUUAUCUAGCUAGUCUCCUUUCUCGUAGAGAUAUCGAGGCCGUGAUGGAUCAGGCGUGCGAUGACCUUAUGGAUUCCAUUGGCUCCCCUCAUUCCCCCUUUGUCAAAAAUCCAUUUGAUGCUCACUUUCUCCGUCAAUUCCGUGGCCCAGAGCCAGGCUCACUGUUCGUCAAUAGAGGAGAAGAAGGACGCUAUGCCUUUGCCCUUCACGUGGACUUUUUCAAUCCGGAAGGUCUGAACUUGCGCGGUGCUAGCACGUCAUACGCAUGGGAACGUGGUUUCAAGUUCUCCAACACCGCCUGUUAUCCUGAUGGACGGCUUACUCAUAGUGCAGUUGCCCUCGUUGUCUGUGAUCUUCCUGCCACUCGUCAUAUCGCUUCUCUGGCUGGAGUCGGCAGUCAUUUCUACUGCAGCGCAUGCAAUUGCUAUCACAAGUCUACAUAUGGAAGAGUGGAUUUCGAAACUUGGGAGCCUCGCGACAGAGAUAAACUGCGAGAAUAUGCUGAGCAGUGGAGAGACGCUUCCACGUCCUCUGAGCGUGCCAGACUGUUUAAGGCUCAUGGUGUGCGCUAUUCCGAGCUUUGGUGUCUACCAUACUGGGACCCCUCCCGGCAACUUGUUGUCGAUCCAAUGCACUGCAUAUUGGAAGGAUUGGUCCAGCACCACACUCGUAGUCUGCUCGGUUUGACUUCAGAGUCAACCACAUCGACUUCGGCCCCUCCGGCAUUUACGUAUGACUUUGGCAAAGUACCUCCCGGGACAAUGUCAUCCAAGGAAAUGACGCAGAUAUCUGCGAUUCAUGCUCUCCUUAUUUCCCAUAUGAAUCUUUCCGAUGACGAGGAAUGUUUCAACAAGCUUAAAAGCUCUCUGCUUCGCAAGAAUAUGGGGCCAUUAAAGUCUAAAUCUGGUAGAACGCUGAAGAUUGACUAUGUCAAAGCUCUUCUCGAGUGGCGUCGCACAAAACCUCUAGCCGCCCCUCAAGAAGAACGUCCAUUUGUGGCAGCAGAAGUCCUUAGACGUAUCCAUGACGUUAUCCGGGAUACAUCUGUCCCCACUUGGCUUGGUUCAGUCCCCAGUAAUUUUGGAGAAGCGUCUGCUGGGACAAUUAAAGCUGAUGAGUGGCGUUCACUUGUCAUGGUCUACCUUCCCAUUGCCCUUCUGAGCUUGUGGGGAGCUGGUACCUCACAUUCUUCUGAUGAACUCGCUGUUCGCCUCAGAGCUAUCCUUGAUCAUACUAUGGAACUAGUCUGUGCGGUGUAUCUUGCAUGUGCGCGAACAAUGACGGCAAGAAGGGCACACGCCUACCACUCUCAUAUUGCUGGUUAUGUUGGAAAGUUGAAGAAGAUCCAUCCCACCUUCUCUCUGCGCCCGAAUCACCAUGCGUCUUUCCAUGCUGCAAGGCUUCGUGGUUGGCUCGCUCGACCAGAUUGUCCGCCUGCUAUCCAAGAGUGUAGGGUAUUAUUUGAUAGAGCGUAUGCCCCCAAGAGCGCUACACAUUUCAGCCAAGAGCUUGCUGAAGAUCCCAUCAACGAUGUUAUCCAGGCGCCUGAUCAGGCAACAACUAGUCCGGUGCCUGAGGACUUGUAUACCCUCAUCAGACGACGAACAGCAGUAUUACGCGCCACACUCAAGUUCGACGGUAUUAUCUACAGCAGGGCGUCUACACACUUGGGGAACAGCCAGAUUCUCUUCUAUCCCCGUGGAGAUAGGUCGUCGACCCCUGUCCCCGCCAGCAUCAAAUACAUCUAUGGUACGCUGACAGACGAAAUGUUAUUUGCUGUAAGGCGACAUCUCCCACUGGAUCAUCACGAUCGUACGGUCGAUCCCUUCUCGAUGUAUCCUGAUUUUCCAGCAAAAUUGUACUCAGCGGACCUCGAAAGUCGCCUCGAAAAUGCCAAGGUGUCUUGGGUAGUUGGGCAUUUUGCGCGAUGGACGGUUUCCGGCCGUCACGCAGUGAUUCUAUCCCUAUCUCGUGAUUGA